AUGCCCUCCAUUCGCCUCACACUCGUCAACAACGCCAAACAGACACAGAAAUCUGCCGUCAUUCUCAAAGUAGACGACACUUCCGAUCCAUUGGCCGAUAUCCUGACCCUAGCCAAGAACAAGCUGCGGCUCAAGAAGGCAAAGACCCUCUACCUCAACCAUGGCAUCGAGCUCGUAGAUCCGUCAUGGCUGAAGAACGGAAAAGUCGCGCAGGACAGUCUUGUCUACGUUUCUUGCGGGGAGGGAUAUGUUGGUCAGACACGUCAAGAGUCAUUGCCAGCUACAGGAGCUGCAGCAUCAACAACACCAUCAGCAACUCAGGAAGGCGAUGAUUCCACAACAUCCACAGGCGAGAUAAUGAACAGCACUGCCUCAACAACAACAGAUUUGAAAUUUGAGUCAUUACUCAUCAACUCGGAAGUCUCUGCUACGAUCUCGAUCCUUGCCAAGAAGAGUUAUGUCGACCCCGAAGCCAACGCUCAAUUGAACAGGACAGCAAUGCUCCCCGGGAUGCGCAAAGUCGUCGGUCAACCCGACCUUCACCCAGGCAACCAGUACCCGAUUGGCGCGACGUUUAUCACGCAAAAGUUCAUCUACCCAGCACUGAUUGGAAAUGACAUUGGAUGUGGAAUGGCGGUGUACAGGACGAGACUGUCGUCAGGAAUCAAACCCCAAAAGAUUGUCGACAAACUACACGGCCUCGAGGGACGCUGGACCGAGGGCGACCCUCACGCGUUCCUGAUCUCACAAUUAGGCGAGGAGCACACCGAGACUGGAAAAGCCCACCUGGACCAAUUGGGCACACUAGGUGGCGGGAAUCACUUUGCGGAAUUCGUCACUAUCGAGAGUCGAUUGGACCUGGACCUGUGUGAUUCCAUCGGUCUUACAGACGCCAAUACCUACCUGAUUGUUCACUCUGGAUCCCGCAAAUUUGGACAGACUGUUCUGGAGGCCUCGAAUAGCAUGCAGACCAAGGCCGAGAAGAAGCUGCAGGGAAUCGAUGCGGAGUCAGAGGUCGGUCAGGCUUACUUAAAGCAGCAUGACCUUGCCUGCGCCUGGGCACGCACUAACCGCGAGCUGAUCGCACACCGUGUCCUGACCCGCCUGAACGCCGAGCAAGACGCGACAAAGAUCCUCGACAUCUGGCACAACAAUGUCGAACAAAAGACCAUCGAGUCUAUCGACCCACAGAGACCCUGCUGGAUCCACCGCAAGGGAGCAGCGCCAAGUGACCGCGGUCUCGUCGUCAUCCCAGGCAGCCGUGGUCAUUUCUCAUACCUGGUGAUGCCCCACGGUGACCAGGACAAGAACGGCUUCUCGCUGGCCCAUGGCGCAGGUCGUUUGCUGCCCCGUGCCAAGGCUCUCCAGAAACGGCCCCAGACUUCGAAGCAGGCUUCGAUCUCUGCCCUCCAGACCACCGAUCUGGGAUCCAGCGUGAUCUGUGAGGAUACUGAUCUGUUGUUUGAAGAGCAGCCUGGCGCCUACAAGGAGAUUACGGAUAUCAUUGACGACUUGGGUCCUUUUGUCAAGGUCGUCGCGAUCCUGCGUCCCAUCUGCACGUACAAGAUGCGCAAGGAGGCCAGAUCGUAG